GGGGGGAGAUGGAGUAGAAUGCAGAAGAGAUGCCAUGUCAAGCAACCAGAUGUUGUAUUUAAUGUGAGCUUAUAAACAAGGGCAGCAACUGAUUACACAGUUUAAUGGUGAUAGGAAAAAAGAGAAAGGAUUUGUACUGAAAGAGGAGUGAUUCAGUUUAGAUGCUAGAAGAAAAUUCUUGAUUCUGAGGGUGUUGCGGCACUAGCACAGCUGCCCAUUGAAGCAGUGCAUGCCUGGAGGUGCUCAAGGAUGGGUUAAAAGUGGCCGUAGGUUUUUAUGAGUCUAUGGCUAACUGCAUAAUCUUUCAGGUCUUCUCCAAAUCAAACCAUUUUCUUUGAUGACUCUGUGAUAGACUGGAGAUGGCCAGGAGGUUGCAAGAAAACAGAGCAAGGAGGAGAGCUGACGCAAAGAGACCGAUGGGACACUGCAUGCAGAAUGAGGGCAUGAUCAGCAAGAGCAACUGACAUCAAAGUAGGCGCUGUGAGAAGAGAUCUCCAAAAGAUGUUGGGGGAAGCGCAAUGGACCAUGGCGUGUCCUCGUGUCCCUGCCCUCCUGCUGCUGGUGGUGGUUGGUACUGGUGUGAGCAACCAGAACACCUGCACCUCCAGGGCUGAUGGUGAGUGUGAGAAUGGGUCCAGAAAAAGAAGACAUCCUGGGGGAGAAUAUGGGAAGAGAGAAAAGCAGUUUUCCCCCCUGAAUUCCCAAUGUCCAUCUCUGGAGUGCUGAUUGUCUGUGCCUUGUGAUUCAAUGUGUUUUGCAACCAAUGAGGUGGUGGAAUCCCUGUGCCAUCUCUCCAGGUACUCUCCAGGCUCCAGUCCUGGUCCUUAACGCAUCCAGUGCUCAGGAAGGAGAAGUUGUCCUGGCUCGAUGUGUCUUUCAGAAGCAGUUUCCUGCUACCCGAAUUGUCUUGUGCAAGGAUGGGUUGGAGGUGUACAGUGUGAAGGUCCAAGAGGGAAGGGUCAUGAGCUCCAUGCUGCUGAACAUCACUGAGAGAAGUGCGGGGACAUACACAUGUUUCUACCAGCAGAGGAGCAUGAAAAACAGGCUGAGGAGAUCUCCCCUCAGCCCUCCCUUGGACCUGCAGGUCACAGGCCUUGUGCCCAGAUCCACGGAAGAGACAGCACGUGCCGACUCAUACACCCCGUUGGGCCCCAUAGUCAUCGCUGUGGCAUCAGUGGCUGUCACCCUGCUCCUGUCUGCAGCCUCCUUCUGGAUCAUCAAGAAAGGUGCUUGUGGGAAGAGAUGCUGUAGUGCUGAGGGAUCUCCUGCCGACCACGAUUCUUACUAUGUCAACGUGGAUGAAAUGAGGAGAGUGAAGGUGAGCUGUGCUCUUGCAGAGGCCUGCAGGUUGAGCGUGCAUUUUUUUGUCUGCAGAAGGCAUGGCUUUGGAGGGGAAAUGCCAGCUCAGUUGUCACGGUGGCGGUGCUCUGGCUGCAGUUCCCCUCCUGCCACAAUCCCAUGGGGAAUGCUGCAUGGCCGUGCUGUGGGACCACUGUAAUUCCUUGUUUGUGUU